AUGUUCUGCCAUCUAGACUUUCCACGCGCUGCUGCUGUGCCCAAUCUUGUUCCUAUAACGCUCCCGCCCUCCCUAUCGCAGCGGAAGCGCGUUCAUCGUUGGGCGAUCAUCCUGAGUGGACUUUCGAACGAAGAGCGCCGGCGAUGUGUGCUAGUCUCACGCAUGUUCCGAUAUGCAAUCUAUCUUUCUGCCUCCCACCUCCUCAACAACAACUAUAGCGGCCAACGCUUCGUGCAGGAUGUUACUCAGCAGUACUCGCGGGCGAUGACGAAUAUGUGGCCCUACCUCCGUCUGCGGGAGGCGGAAGUCCUGCAGCGCCGGAAGGCGUACAAGCAUUCGUUUCUUGCUGAGUUCUUCGAGUCCAAUGGCUUGCCAAAUCCAAUUGCGGAUCACAUAUGGGCCAGUCCUGAUAGUGAGCGCCAGAUCAUUGUGAUAUUAAGAUUUAUCAUGACAAGACUCUGGUUCACGCUGUCGCUCGGAACGUACAAUGGCAAGAACGAUUCUCGGUUGUGGCUAUGCGGUAUUGUCGUCGAUGCUCAAGAGGUCAUCAAGGGCGAGAUCUGGAGCGUUACAGUCUUGUCUCGACCGUCCGAUGGAGUAGACCCACAGAAGGUAUCUUUCCACGUUCUGGAGGCGACAUGCGAAGUUGUAGGGCAUACGCUACCUAAAGACGACCCUGCUGCAAGAGUCAUUGACAGCGUCGUCCCUCUGCGUGCUGACUGGUCAGCAUAUAUCUCAGAAUGCCUGACGUAUCCGGAUGGUCAUCCGGACGACUCCCUCCUCUCGCAUAUCAGAUGGACAAAUCAUGAAGAGUACACAUGCGGCGUCAGCAAGCUCUGGCAGGCGCGUAUUGCACGGGAAGGCGACCUCGGCGCUGCGAAACGUGUCGUGGCGUGUGUGGUUGGCAAUAGUGUUAGUGGACAGUGGAUGUCAGCGGCGGAGAUGGCCCAAGACUUUGCCGGGCUCCCUACGCGAGUUCCUCAGGGGAAUACGAAGUCUAAGACACAACUUGUCAAUUUAUAUUUGCCAGAGUGA